AUGUUGCAGAGUUUCAAACUCCUAGCAGAGGCAAUGGAUGACCUAGAUGUCAACAUGCGGGACUUGUCGCACAUACACACCGCCAUCUCUCUGAACUUCAAUGAGCCAUUUGCCAGUUUACUUUACGGACUUUCCAUCACCAUGUGGUGUGUUGAUUUCCCCCGGGUGCCCACUCGCCAGCAAUGGGAGCAGAUUGAAAUCAAGGAGAGGAAAAAGGAAGAGAUUGCCCAGUUGAGGCGCAAGUUGGAAGAGGCCGAGCAAGCUAAUGUUCAAUUGCGGAAAAAGUUGGACGAAGAGACAAAGCUCGGUAAUUUGUCCCGACCCAGUGAUGUGAAACGGUCGCCGUUGGCAAAGUCUAACAAGGAAAACUAUGGCAAUAGUGGUGGCCUUGCGAAGAAUGGGAAAAGUACAACUGUUUCUAGGAUUCCGCAGCCGAUUUUCCGACCUGUGACUGCAACCAACACCACCACCAGCAGCACGGGUGGCAACACCACUUUACUUCAUAAAUCGGCUAUGCCCAACUUGAAUCAACCUCCUAGGUAUAUGCGUGGACUUUUUGAAAAUAGUUCCUUUGCUAAAAGUGCCGGUGUCACCAAGCCUGCUGCUAGCCUGGCGACGACUGGACCAAGGAGACCUCUCAAGACUAGUCAACGACCGCCAUUUAGAUAG